UGGAAAGAAAAUGGCCAGUACUCGCGCAACCAUUUUCGCAUCGCUCUUUGACCUAUAUCUGAACGGGACCAACUGCGACCUGGUGUUGCUCUCUUCAGAUGACGUCAGGUUCCAGGUGCACUCAAUCGUUGCAGCAGCCAGCUUUCCUACUGUCAGGCAUGAGAUCGAGCAAAAGAAGAGAACGGGCUUUCUUUCCUGCCUGAAUGUGAAGAAGGGGCGCAAGAAGGAAACAAUAGUCCUGAAGAAAAUUCAUUCGAUUGAACUGAAUCUACUGGUGCGCUUUGCCUACACAGGCGACUGUCAGCUUCACGCCAUCGACAGCGAAGACCUCGUCGACUUGCUCAGGGCCUCCAUCGAACUCAGGGUUGACGAAUUAGCUGAUCAAAUUCGCAAUCGUUUCCGCCAAAGAUUAACCCCGAGUGCCGCCCUCAAACUGUUUCAUCAAGGCAGGAAAAAUGCUGGUUUUGAAGAUGCGUUCCUCGUGGCCGAGGAGUACCUGUUACGACACCUGGUGCAAUUUCAUCCUGCGGACCUGCAGGACGUGGAAGUGGAGGACCUGAUGACCUUCUUGAAGGAUGACAGACUAAACGUGGAAAGCGAGGAAGAUGUUUGGCGCAUUGUUGAGGCUUGGGUGUCAAAGGAUGAGGUCAAAAGAACGCCUGCUCAGGAACAACUGAUCGCUUGCCUCAGGACUGGUCUUGUUUCAGUUCAAUUAAUUAAUAAGGUUUAA